ACCACAUACUAAUAGUUGUCUGUGCGUAUAUUGUAUCUCCUUUUCGGCACUUUCCUUUCGACAUUCCGGCGUUGAACACUGUUGGGCUAUCACCAUCUGCCAUGUCUGCUGCGGCUUGCCUUCGCUCAAGCAGAGGCUUGGUACGCUUUGCAGCCCCUGCACUAGGAGUCCUGCGGCCAUGCUCGGCUGGUUGUCAAGCCAGCCUUGGCGCGUCGUCCUUUACACCAGCUUGGACUGCCCCUCAAUCGGUACCGUGUGGGAGCCAAGCGGCGCUAGCAGCGGCAGUUACCCCUAAGAGGUGCUUCGCUCUAGACGCCGUACAGCAGUACCUUGUUGGGCUCAGCAGCUCUCAAGGUGAGGACGGCGUUUAACGGGCGCUGGAGCAGCUGGUGAGAUCCGGAUCACUGAUGUUGGCCUCUGCUCCAUGUGGAACACCUGCUGCGCCGGCAUGAUGGAGGUUG